UGAGUGUAUGAGAGUGUGGUUUAACGAGGCUCAUGGUGACGUUUCAGAAAGACACACUGCCACUCCAAGACUCCGAAGUGGUUCGGAACUUAUCGUCAGCACCAAGGCCAAAGCCACAGCCACCACCAUUCAAGCACCUAGAGCUGGUUAGGUUCGGUAAAGACUCCAAAAGACCCCUGGAAUCCGCCCUAAGAGCGGAGCCGCCUAAGCCUGACGCAUGCAACUACCCCAAGGCACCGGCCAAUCAACAACAUCCGAACGUCGCCGGAGGACUCGUUCGACUCAUUCGCCGCUCUUUUCCUCAACCCAUGUCUCUCUGCCCCGCGAACUUCCCAAUGUGCCGGAUGUUAUGGUUCUUGUGGAAUUACACACAACUCACUUCCUACCCCCAUUCGCUCACCUGCUAGACGUCCAAGGCGCAAGCUGAGCUCUGAGCUGCUCAGACAACGCUCUCAUUCAUCUCAGCUCCACCAUCAUUCCCUUUGCUCGGUGUAGCUUCGCAGGCAGUGGAUCUAAACUUUACUCUCCCAGCUCGUCCAGAUACGGGAAGGCAUCAGUCGCUUUCUCUUCAUCUCUCUCACUCCCCGCCAAGCUUCUCUGCAAACAUCUUCGGCACUUGUUUGCCUAUUUAGUCACUUCACUCGUUCCGGGCCGAAUACCCGAGCACCCCCCAUACACCCCGAUCCGUCACUCCGUGUCGCCAACACAUCAUGGAGCCCGGUACCGAUCCUGACGCCGGCGCCAACCCGCGGCAGAGAGUGACCAAUGCCUGUGAAGCGUGCAGGGCGGCCAAGGUCAAGUGCCAAACCAGCGUGCAGCUGGGAAUAUGUCGAAGGUUUGUUAUGUCUCGACUUCAAGAGAGAAUGUAUCUUCCGCACCGGUCCAAGGACUCGUCGUCCACGGCAAUCUAAGCAAAACCAAGACGCACCCAGACCACCUCCCCCACCGGGGCCCUCAAAGACGUUCAGCAUCGACUUUGAAAUGCCCCAAGUGGAAGAGCCAGACGACCUCGAAAGCCUCGCCGCCCGCCACGACAAGUACGUGGACGAGUUUCUACCACCAGAGUCCGACCUAGAAUCCAUCGACAUGAUGUUCGGCCUCGACGCCGGCUCCGGUAGCGGUCCCCACUCGUCCAUCUCGUCCCCACCAUCCUCGGGCCCGUCCGUCUCGGUCUCGAGCUUCGGUCUCAAACCGCAGUUCAACCUAGACUCAGCAGAAAAGCUGCUAUCAACUUUCCGCGUCAUGCUCAAGCAUUUCCCCUGUGUGGCACUCCCGCCCGAUGCCACAGUCACUUCACUUUCAAAGACGAAACCGUUCAUGCUUCUCGCCAUCCUCUCGACGGCGUCUGCUACCAGUGCAUUGCAGGGCCACACUCUCUACGACGAAGAGUUCCGCAAGAUUCUGGGUCUCAAGUUUGUGGCUGGUGGUGAGCGGACGCUAGAGCUCCUCCAAGGGUUGCUCAUCUAUACGGCAUGGUACCCGUUCCACCUCCGGCCAAAGAACAAACAAGCCUUCCAAUACGUCCGCAUGGCAGCCGAGAUCCUCCACGAUCUCGAGCUGAACCAUCCACCUAGCCAAGGCGCAGGCUCACCUGCCGGCGGCGGCGGGACGGCCUCGUCAUCGUCCUCUGCGCCAGAUCAAAUGGACGGCAUUCGUGCCUACGUGUCCUGCUACUACCUGGUGUCAGCGCACGUACUGCCCUUCCUGCAGUAUUUCCGCCGCACGACUCUGACCGAUGCUAGAUUCGCAAUGGCCUGGGCCAAGAUGGCGAUCCUGGCCCUCGACUACACAUCGUGGACGGCCACCUGCUGCGAUCUUCUCGAGCACAAUUCUGCGCUCAAGGGCGAUCACACGCUCGCGUGGCUGGCUAGGCUGGUUCACAUCACCGAGGAAUCGGCUGCCAUCGCAAAGAGUAUACCGCAGGGAGAUCAGGCGAAGCAGCAGGUUCACUUCAUGUUUCUCGGGCUCGAGAGCCAGCUGAGGGAGUGGCAAGGCAGGAUACCAAGCAGCCUCGGCGACAUCAACUCCCUCACACUAGCCAACCUAUUCACCGAAAUGUUCCUCCUCGCCGGCCCAGUCUACACCCUCCGCUCAACAGCAAAAAUAGGCGACAGCGACCUCGGCCCCCCGAUCCCAGCCCACCGCCUCGACAAGUGCCUCACCCUCCUCCGCACCCUCCUCGACUUCAUGACCAACCUCCCCGCCGCCGCCUUCGUCGAGCUCAGCUCCAUCGACUGGGGCCGCUUCAUCCAGGCCGUCAUCCUCGCCAUCCGCCUCUCCUUCCCCAUGCCGCUCUGCCCGGAGUGGGACCAUGCCCGCGCCCGCGAGCAGCUGCAGUUCGACUCGUACCUCGCCCGCCUGUGCGCCAACAGCGAGGCGCCGACGCUGACGCCCGCGACCAAGAGCACCAUGGACGUCCUGUCUGCGGGGAAGGUUGUCUUUGCCGUCGUCAAGCGCAAGUACGAGGCUCGCGUCGCGAAUAUCGAGACCCCGGUGAAUAAGCUGCCGCGAACGAUCCGCGGGUGUCCGAUGUUUGAUGGGAGUCUGGAUCAGUACUUCCCGAUUUGGGAUCAGGAUCUGAGUAGGGACGGGACGCAUGGGUUGGUCUCUCCCGCGACGAAUGGGACGCCUGCGAUGGUGAACGGGCAGCCUGUCUAUCAUGACCUGUGGGCGACGAUGACUAUGAACUGGCCUGAUGGUAUGGCUGGUGCUGCUACGCCCGGGUUUGAUCUGGGCCAGGCACAAGAUCCGACGAUGAGCCUCGAUCCUUCGUUUCAAGGGGCCAUGAACCUUGGCCCUUCUCCUAGUGGUAGCGGGUGAGAUUGGUUUGGUCUGCAGCAUUUGGCGCUUUAUGUCAUCCGGGUCAUUUUGAGCAGCGGCAGCGAACCUAUUGCUCUUGAAUGGCGUUUAGAUUUAGGUCUCUUCUUAUUAUUUGGCGGGC